UCAAAACAGAGCUUUUCGGAGAAAGGCUGAAAGUUCGUCAUCUGGUCGUUAAAAGCACCUUUGGAGCUUUUUUUUGCGUUCUCGCUAUACUAAGUUCGCUUCAAGAAUUAGUCUUGUGAGUAAUUCCAGUGAUAAGUUUUGAGAAUCGUAAUAUCAAUUAACUUAAAAGCUACCCACCGAAUAACUGAUGGAUCUCACUCUCUUUGUUUUUCGUCUUCCUUUUUACUUUUGAUCAGGAACAGAGCAAUGACCGUCUCAAAUCGUCGCUACGCCGAUCAGCCGUUCAAAAGUAUUGGAGCCAAGCUUGUGCCAUUCUUCAAAACAGUCGCGAUCUAUUUUUUGCUGUUUAUCCCAGUCGAUCGACCAUCCCACUUUGCAUCACUCAUAAAAUGUCUUCCCAUCAUCAGCCUCAUUGGCUUCGUACUCCUCCAUCAACUGAGCCUCAGUCAUUCUUAGUUUACUUUUGCUUCCGGGAUUGGACGGUAUUCUAACCAUUGGUGUUCCUAUCUACUCCUUCAUUCUCGUGACCAUGACAUGGAGAGCAGUUGCGCAAGUUCAAUUUAAUGAGGACCUCUGGACUUGGGCAAAAGUAUGUUCCUGCAUUGGAGGAGUUUUAUUUAUGAUCUCAGAUCUCCUAAUCGGUAUUCAUUAUUUCUACAGGCCUAUUCCAUUUUCUCAGGUGCUCAUUAUGUCGACUUACUAUGUUGCUCAACUCGGGAUAGCACUAAGUGUGGUUGACUCAAGAGCAGAUGCUCCCGCACUGUUGGAGUCAAGCAAGCAUGACUGAAUUUUAAUCUUCAAACUGUUCCCAAAUCUCUUCCUUCUGUAGAAAAUUCAAUUCCAGCACAUAUUUCAAACCUCCAGUACACCAGUCCCCCUCAGGUUCUAGCUCCUUUAACAAAAGUAAACUUUAUUCGUAAUUCCUUGAAUUACAGAAAGUACAAUUUUUAUUUUUUGAUUUGUAUCUUUCGACAGCGUGCCAAGUCUGAGCAAAAUCUAAAAGAAACUAAAUCCAUCCAA